AUGGUUAUUCCAUCAUCCACAUUUACUGGACCAUAUACUACGAUUAUCAGUACCGGUACAGGUUUCGAGACGUCAAUUACAACCAUGCCACCAAGUGGCACUGACCCUACUGGUACUGUCAUUAUGGUUAUUCCAUCAUCCACAUUUACUGGACCAUUUACUACAAUCACCAGUACCGGGACAGGUACACGGACGUCAACUACGACCCUGCCACCGAGCGGCACUGACCCUACUGGUACUGUCAUUAUGGUGAUUCCAUCUCCAAAAUUUACUGGACCAUUCACUACAAUCACCAGUACCGGGACAGGUAUACGGACGUCAAUUACGACCCUGCCACCGAGUGGCACUGACUCUACUGGUACUGUCAUUAUGGUUAUUCCAUCAUCCACAUUUACUGGACCAUACACUACGAUCAUCAGUACCGGUACAGGUUUCGAGACGUUAAUUACAACCCUGCCACCAAGUGGCACUGACCCUACUGGUACUGUCAUUAUGGUUAUUCCAUCAUCCACAUUUACUGGACCAUUCACUACAAUCACCAGUACCGGGACAGGUAUACGGACGUCAAUUACGACACUGCUACCGAGCGGUACUGACCCUACUGGUACUGUCAUUAAGGUGAUUCCAUCCCCCACUUUUACUGGACCAUAUACUACAAUUACCAGUAUCAAUACGUUUAUUCCACCAACAAUCAUGACCCUGCCACCGAUUGACCCUGGCCAUACUGGUACUGUCAUUAUAGUUAAUCCAUCAUCCACAUUUGCUGGACCAUACACUACGAUCAUCAGUACCGGUACAGGUUUCGAGACGUUAGUUACAACCCUGCCGCCAAGUGGCACUGACCCUACUGGUACUGUCAUUAUGGUUAUUCCAUCAUCCACAUUUACUGGACCAUUUACUACCAUAACUAGUGCUGGCACAGAUACACGAACGUUAAUUGUGACCCUGCUACCGACUGGUACUGACCUUACUGGUACUGUCAUUAUAGUUAAUCCAUCAUCCACAUUUACUGGACCAUAUACUACAAUAACCAGCACCGGCACAGAUACACGAACGUCAAUUAUGACCCUUCCACCGACUGGUACUGGCCUUACUGGUACUGUCAUUAUAGUUAAUCCAUCAUCCACAUUUACUGGACCAUUUACCACAAUAACUAGUGCUGGCACAGAUUCACGAACGUCAAUCAUGACCUUACCACCGACUGGUACUGGCCUUACUGACCCGUUUGACACGACAAUUAUGACCCUGCCACCGAUCGGUACUGACCUUACUGGUACUGUCAUUAUGGUUAUUACAUCAUCCACAUUUACAGGACCAUAUACUACGAUCAUCAGUACCGGUACAGGUUCCGAGACGUUAAUUACAACUCUGCCACCAACUGGCACUGACCCUACUGGUACUGUCAUUAUGGUUAUUCCAUCAUCCAUAUUUACUGGACCAUUUACUACAAUCACCAAUACCUGGGCAGGUACACGGACGUCAAUUACGACCCUGCUACCGAGCGGCACUGACCCUACUGGUACUGUCAUUAUGUAUCAAUACAUUUAUUCCACCAACAAUCAUGACCUUGCCGCCGACUGGUACUGGCCUUACUGCACCGGCACAGAUACACGAACUGCAGGCACAGAUUCACGAACGUCAACCAUGACCCUACCACCGACUGGUACUGACCUUACUGGUACUGUCAUUAUAGUUAAUCCAUCAUCCACUUUUACUGGACCAUAUACUACAAUUACCAGUAUCAAUACGUUUAUUCCACCAACAAUCAUGACCCUGCCACCGAUUGACCCUGGCCAUACUGGUACUGUCAUUAUAGUUAAUCCAUCAUCCACAUUUAUUGGACCAUAUACUACGAUCAUCAGUACCGGUACAGGUCUCGAGACGUUAAUUACAACCCUGCCGCCAAGUGGCACUGACCCUACUGGUACUGUCAUUAUGGUUAUUCCAUCAUCCACAUUUACUGGACCAUUUACUACCAUAACUAGUGCUGGCACAGAUACACGAACGUCAAUUGUGACCCUGCCACCGACUGGUACUGACCUUACUGGCACUGUCAUUAUAUACUGGCACAGAUUCACGAUCGUCAAUCAUGACCCUGCGACCGACUGGUACUGGACUUACUGCAUCGGCACAGAUACACGAACGUCAAUUAUGACCCUUCCACCGACUGGUACUGGCCUUACUGACCCGUUUGACACGACAAUUAUGACCUUGCCACCGAUUGGUACUGACCUUACUGGUACUGUCAUUAUGGUUAUUAAAUCAUCCACGUUUACAGGACCAUAUACUACGAUCAUCAGUACCGGUACAGGUUCCGAGACAUUAAUUACAACCCUGCCACCAACUGGCACUGACCCUACUGGUACUGUCAUUAUGGUUAUUCCAUCAUCCACAUUUACUGGACCAUUUACUACCAUAACUAGUGCUGGCACAGAUACACGAACGUCAAUUGUGACCCUGCCACCGACUGGUACUGACCUUACUGGUACUGUCAUUAUAGUUAAUCCAUCAUCCACUUUUACUGGACCAUAUACCACAAUAACCAGCACCGGCACAGAUACACGAACGUCAAUUAUGACCCUUCCACCGACUGGUACUGGCCUUACUGGUACUGUCAUUAUAUACUGGCACAGAUUCACGAUCGUCAAUCAUGACCCUUCCACCGACUGGUACUGGCCUUACUGUAUUGUUACAGACCCGUUUGACACGACAAUUAUGACCCUGCCACCGAUUGGAACUGACCUUACUGGUACUGUCAUUAUGGUUAUUACAUCAUCUACAUUUACUGGACCAUAUAUUACAAUAACUAGUACUGGCACAGAUACCAGAACGUCAAUCACGACCCUGCCACCGACUGGCACUGACCCUACAGUUACCGUCGGUACUACAGAUGCAUUUACAGAAUCCACAUAUGGACCAACGCCCGGUAGCAGUACAAUUCCACCAUCUUCUGGAUGUAUCGGCAACUGCCCUACAAGAAUUAUUGUAACCGUCGGUACUAGUGGUCUUAUUCUUGAAACCACAUAUGGACCAACAGCUGGUACAAGUACGGUACCGCCUUCAGCUGGAUGUACAGGUGUUAUUACAGAAUCAACUAUUGGACCGACAUCGGGAAUCAGUACUAUUUUGCCAUCCGCUGGAUGUAUUGGUAAUUGCCCUACGAAGAUUAUCGUUACUGUUGGUCCUUCUGGCGGUAUAACUACCGAAUUAACCUAUGGACCGACGGCUGGGAUUAGUACAAUACUGCCUUCUCUAGGAUGCAUUGGUUAUUGCCCUACUAGGGUACUAGUUACCGUCGGUACUACAGAUGCGAUUACAGAGUCUACGUAUGGACCAACGCCUGGUAGUAGUACAAUUCCACCAUCUUCUGGAUGUAUCGGCAACUGCCCUACGAGAAUUAUUGUAACCGUCGGUACUAGUGGUCUUAUUCUUGAAACCACCUACGGACCAACAGCUGGCACAAGUACGGUACCGCCUACAACUGGAUGUGUUAUCACAGAAUCUACUACGGGACCAACAUCGGGAAUUAGUACUAUUUUACCAUCCGCUGGAUGUAUUGUUACCGUCGGUACUACAGAUGCAAUUACAGAAUCUACGUAUGGACCAACGCCUGGUAGCAGUACAAUUCCACCAUCUUCUGGAUGUAUCGGCAACUGCCCUACAAGAAUUAUUGUAACCGUCGGUACUAGUGGUCUUAUUCUUGAAACCACAUACGGGCCAACAGCUGGUACAAGUACGGUACCGCCUUCAGCUAGAUGUACAGGCGUUAUUACAGAAUCUACUUCUGGACCGACAUCGGGAAUUAGUACUAUUUUACCAUCCGCUAGCUGUAUUGUUACCAUCGGUACUACAGAUGCGAUUACAGAAUCCACGUAUGGACCAACGCCUGGUAGGAGUACAAUUCCACCAUCUUCUGGAUGUAUCGGCAACUGCCCUACAAGAAUUAUUGUAACCGUCGGUACUAGUGGUCUUAUUCUUGAAACCACAUACGGACCAACAGCUGGUACAAGUACGGUACCGCCUAUAGCUGGAUGUGCUAUUACAGAAUCUACUACGGGACCAACAUCGGGAAUUAGUACUAUUUUACCAUCCGCUGGAUGUAUUGGUAAUUGCCCUACGAAGAUUAUUGUUACUGUUGGUCCUUCUGGCGGUAUAGCUACCGAAUCAACCUAUGGACCGACGGCUGGGAUUAGUACAAUACUCCCUUCUCUAGGAUGCAUUGGGUUCUGUCCCACUCGGGUUUUAGUUACCGUCGGUACUACAGAUGCGAUUACUGAAUCUACGUAUGGACCAACGCCCGGUAGCAGUACAAUUCCACCAUCUUCUGGAUGUAUCGGUAACUGCCCUACAAGAAUUAUUGUAACUGUCGGUACUAGUGGUCUUAUUCUUGAAACCACAUACGGACCAAUAGCUGGUACAAGUACGGUACCGCCUACAGCUAGAUGUGCUAUUACAGAAUCUACUACGGGACCGACAUCGGGAAUCAGUACUAUUUUACCAUCCGCUGGAUGUAUUGGUAACUGCCCUACGAGAAUUAUCGUUACUGUUGGUCCUUCUGGCGGUAUAACUACCGAAUCAACCUAUGGACCAACAUCUGGGAUUAGUACAAUACUUCCUUCUCUAGGAUGCAUUGGGUUCUGUCCCACUCGGGUUUUAGUUACCGUCGGUACUACAGAUGCAAUUACAGAAUCCACAUAUGGACCAACGCCCGGUAGCAGUACAAUUCCACCAUCUUCUGGAUGUAUCGGUAACUGCCCUACAAGAAUUAUUGUAACCGUCGGUACUAGUGGUCUUAUUCUUGAAACCACCUAUGGGCCAACAGCUGGUACAAGUACGGUACCGCCUUUAGCUGGAUGUGUCAUUACAGAAUCAACUAUUGGACCGACAUCGGGAAUCAGUACUAUUUUACCAUCCGCUGGAUGUAUUGGUAACUGCCCUACAAGGAUUAUCGUUACUGUUGGUCCUUCUGGCGGUAUUACUACCGAAUCAACCUAUGGACCGACGGCUGGGAUUAGUACAAUACUCCCUACUCUUGGAUGCAUUGGCUUUUGCCCUACCAGAGUACUAGUUACCGUCGGUACUACAGAUGCAAUUACAGAAUCUACGUAUGGACCAACGCCUGGUAGCAGUACAAUUCCACCAUCUUCUGGAUGUAUCGGUAACUGCCCUACAAGAAUUAUUGUAACCGUCGGUACUAGUGGUCUUAUUCUUGAAACCACCUAUGGGCCAACAGCCGGUACAAGUACGGUACCGCCUUCAGCUGGAUGUACAGGUGUCAUUACAGAAUCAACUAUUGGACCGACAUCGGGAAUCAGUACUAUUUUACCAUCCGCUGGAUGUAUUGGUAACUGCCCUACAAGGAUUAUCGUUACUGUUGGUCCUUCUGGCGGUAUAACUACCGAAUCAACCUAUGGACCGACGGCUGGGAUUAGUACAAUACUGCCUACUCUUGGAUGCAUUGGUUUUUGCCCUACUAGGGUACUAGUUACCGUCGGUACUACAGAUGCGAUUACAGAAUCUACGUAUGGACCAACGCCUGGUAGCAGUACAAUUCCACCAUCUUCUGGAUGUAUCGGCAACUGCCCUACAAAAAUUAUUGUAACCGUCGGUACUAGUGGUCUUAUUCUUGAAACCACCUACGGACCAACAGCUGGCACAAGUACGGUACCGCCUUCAGCUGGAUGUACAGGUGUUAUUACAGAAUCUACUACGGGACCGACAUCGGGAAUUAGUACUAUUUUACCAUCCGCUGGCUGUAUUGGUAAUUGCCCUACGAGGAUUAUCGUUACUGUUGGUCCUUCUGGCGGUAUAACUACCGAAUCAACCUAUGGACCGACGGCUGGGAUUAGUACAAUACUCCCUUCUCUAGGAUGCAUUGGGUUCUGUCCUACCAGGGUACUAGUUACCGUCGGUACUACAGAUGCAAUUACUGAAUCUACGUAUGGACCAACGCCUGGUAGCAGUACAAUUCCACCAUCUUCUGGAUGUAUCGGUAACUGCCCUACAAGAAUUAUUGUAACUGUCGGUACUAGUGGUCUUAUUCUUGAAACCACAUACGGGCCAACAGCUGGUACAAGUACGGUACCGCCUUCAGCUGGAUGUACAGGUGUCAUUACAGAAUCAACUAUUGGACCGACGUCAGGAAUUAGUACUAUUUUACCAUCCGCUGGAUGUAUUGGUAACUGCCCUAUAAGGAUUAUCAUUACUGUUGGUCCUUCUGGCGGUAUAACUACCGAAUCAACCUAUGGACCGACGGCUGGGAUUAGUACAUUACUGCCUUCUCUUGGAUGCAUUGGCUUUUGUCCUACCAGGGUACUAGUUACUGUUGGUACUACAGAUGCGAUUACAGAAUCUACUUAUGGACCAACGGCCGGGAGUAGUACAAUUCCACCAUCUUCUGGAUGUAUCGGCAACUGCCCUACAAGAAUUAUUGUAACUGUUGGUACUAGUGGUCUUAUUCUUGAAACUACCUACGGACCAACAGCUGGCACAAGUACGGUACCACCUUCAGCCGGAUGUAUAGAAUCUACUACGGGACCGACAUCGGGAAUUAGCACUAUUUUACCAUCCGCUGGAUGUAUUGGUAACUGCCCUACAAGAAUUAUUGUUACCGUUCGCCCUACAUCCAUAUUUACUGGACCAUAUAUUACAAUGACCAGUACCGGUACAGGAACCCAGACGUCAAUCACGACGCUGUCACCGAGCGGUACUGGCUCUAUUGGUACUGUCAUUAUCGUUGUUCCAACAUUUACUGGACCAUACACUACAACGACCAGUACCGGAACAGGUACCCAAACGUCAAUCACCACCCUACCACCGAGCGGUACUGGCUCUAUUGGUACUGUCAUCAUCGUUGUUCCAUCAUCCACAUUUACUGGACCAUAUACUACCACUACAAGUACCGGCACAGGAACCCAGACGUCAAUCACGACGCUGUCACCGAGCGGUACUGGCUCUAUUGGUACUGUCAUCAUCGUUGUUCCAUCAUCCACAUUUACUGGACCGUAUACUACCACCACAAGUACCGGCACAGGAACCCAGACGUCAAUCACGACGCUGUCACCGAGUGGUACUGACUCUAUUGGUACUGUCAUCAUCGUUGUUCCAUCAUCCACAUUUACUGGACCGUAUACUACCACCACAAGUACCGGCACAGGAACCCAGACGUCAAUCACGACGCUGUCACCGAGUGGUACUGACUCUAUUGGUACUGUCAUCAUCGUUGUUCCAACAUUUACUGGACCAUACACUACAACGACCAGUACCGGAACAGGUACCCAAACGUCAAUCACCACCCUACCACCGAGCGGUACUGGCUCUAUUGGUACUGUCAUCAUCGUUGUUCCAUCAUCCACAUUUACUGGACCGUAUACUACCACCACAAGUACCGGCACAGGAACCCAGACGUCAAUCACGACGCUGUCACCGAGUGGUACUGACUCUAUUGGUACUGUCAUCAUCGUUGUUCCAACAUUUACUGGACCAUACACUACAACGACCAGUACCGGAACAGGUACCCAAACGUCAAUCACCACCCUACCACCGAGCGGUACUGGCUCUAUUGGUACUGUCAUCAUCGUUGUUCCAUCAUCCACAUUUACUGGACCAUAUACUACCACUACAAGUACCGGCACAGGAGCCCAGACGUCAAUCACGACGCUGUCACCGAGCGGUACUGGCUCUAUUGGUACUGUCAUCAUCGUUGUUCCAUCAUCCACAUUUACUGGACCGUAUACUACCACCACAAGUACCGGCACAGGAACCCAGACGUCAAUCACGACGCUGUCACCGAGCGGUACUGGCUCUAUUGGUACUGUCAUCAUCGUUGUUCCAACCUUUACUGGACCAUACACUACAACGACCAGUACCGGAGCAGGUACCCAAACGUCAAUCACCACCCUACCACCGAGCGGUACUGGGUCUACCGGUACUGUUAUUGUUAUUAUGCCAUCGUCCACAUUGCCUUCAUCCACAUUAUCGGCUGCUACAGGAUGCCCUAGUGCUCAAUGUCGAGUGGGUGUGAAAUAUGGGUAUAAUCAAUUUGCUCGAUCAACCGUUGAUAGAUACUCAUCAGCUGGGCGAAUACCCAUAUUUUGUGGCGAUUUUACUACUCCUGGUUGUCUCGGUCGAAGUUGGGCACAGUCUUAUGUCCAGGCGAAUGAAAUUUUAAGGGAUUCAGUACCUGAUUUUACUGAUUUUUCGGAAAUCCAACUGGCAGGCAAGAGCAUCUACACAUUUAGUAUGGGACCAGUUCUGGGUGCUGCAUAUAUCUGGCUUGGGUCCAAUGCUAUAUCCAAUUAUGAUAAUGGCAAUGUGAGAGCGUAUGCUUGGCUUAGUGAGGGAGAUGCAUUUGCAUAUAAUGCAACCGCUUGCGAAUAUGUUCCCUUUAGAGUAGUAUGGGUCAACGCUAACAAUCAAGACAGGGCCGGUUACUGUGGAGGAUUUGCCGUCAACGUCCGUGCCCCUGACAACAACUUAAUCUCAUACCCUGAGUCAAUACCCGCCGAUGAUGGUCAUUUUGUUUAUGAUUGCACUGGCGUACCUGAAGCGCCACCAUUUGGAUUUAAUGAAACUAGAGUAUGCCCUAUCGUACAAUGCGAUGCUGGAAAUUGCGCCUUGGGAGCCAAGUUUGCGUACAACCAAUUUGCUCAAUCAUCAAGCAACACCCAGUCUUUUACGGGUAGAAUACCGCAAUAUUGUAGUGACUAUACGAGUCCAUCAUGUCUCGGACAAUCUUGGAUUACGAGCUAUACUCAGCCUUCUACGAUCUUAUCUGGAACAGUGCCUGACUUCACCGGUAAUACAACAUAUUUGGGUCAUGGCGAUAACAGUUGUGUCGCUCGUACCUUUUUCGGACGAGCAACGGGCCGGCAAAACUAUGUUGUCGGGCAGAUCAUUGGGUACUUUCAUCCUAGCGUCACAGGCACAUACGAAUUUUCAGCUGGUCCAGCCAUUAGUGGCAUGUAUUUUUGGAUUGGGCCCGAAGCUGUAUCCGGUUUUAGUAAUUCCAACAUCGACGUUUACUCUUGGAUCAAUGCGGGUGCAUUGAGGUUUUAUCAGGCGACGGCCUGUGAAUAUGUCCCUUUUAGAAUAAUAUGGGUCAACCCUAACAAUAUCGAAACGUCCGGGUACUGCGGGGGCUUUGGUCUUAAUAUUUUUGACCCAUGCGGCAGACUAGUUGCAUGGAGUGAUGGGACGCCUAUUCAAGGAGGCCAGGUUGUUCACAGCUGCACUAACGCUACCAUGGCUCCUGAUUUUGGUUUCUCCUAG